AUCCUUUAGUUACACUGGCAGAGGCCGGACAGCUCGGCCUUGCGCAGCGCGCGGAGCUGCAGUCCGAAGGAGACUUCCGGGCUCGGGUUCCGCCGAGGCAGGAAGGGGCGGGUGCUGGCGAGCUCGGCGUCCCAGUCCCUGCGCCUCCGCUCCAUCUCCCCUGCUGGCGGGGGCGCGGGCCUUGUCGGCCGGCGUCCUGCCCGCAGCCUGGACGCCAGCGAAGGCUUGGUGGAGGAGAACACCGGCGCGCGCCUGGGAUUCUUGUGCGCGGGAGGCAGAGGCAAAAAGAUCGCAAGUCCUUCCCCGCCUGAGCAACUUAGCGAGACGCUGUCUCACGUAAAAAAUAAAAGGCCGGGGUGCAGAUCAGUGCGGAGGCCCUGGUUCCGUCUUCAGUGCUGCAAGAGGAAAGAAGGACCCGGAAGAGCUAGGACGGGGCAGCCUCGCCGCCGCGGCUGAGUGGCUGGCCCCCGUGCGCACCCCCGCGUUGCCGGAACCGCCCCGAGGUCUCCAUGGAGGCGCGGCUGCAGGAGGCGCGGCUGCUGAAGGAGCAGGGCAACCAGCGCUACCGCGAGGGCCGCUUCCGCGCCGCCGCUGGCCGGUACCACCGCGCACUGCUGCAGCUGCGGGGCCUGGAGCCUGGCCUGGCGCCCACGCCCGUCCCGGUCCCCGACCUGGGCCAGCGGGCGCCCGCGCUCACGCCCGCGCAGGAGGACGCGCUGCGCGCCACGCAGACCGCCUGCUACAACAAUCUGGCAGCCUGCCUCCUCCAGAUGGAGCCAGUGAACUACGAGCGGGUGCGGGAAUACAGUCAGAAGGUCCUGCGGCGGCAACCAGACAACGCCAAAGCCUUGUACCGCGCGGGAGUGGCCUCUUUCCACCUACAAGACUACGAGCAGGCGCAGCGCCACCUGCUGGCGGCCGUGCACAGACAGCCCACAGAUGCCAAUGUCCGGAGAUACCUGCAGCUGACACAGUCCGAGCUCAGCAGCUACCACAGGAAGCAGCAGCAGCUGUAUGUGGGCAUGUUCGGCUGACCGGAAGAACUGCACCCCAGCAGCACUCGGCUGGACGCAAGCCUGGAGCAGGUGUGAGCAGACCCAGCCUCCGGCUCUUUGCUCAGCACAGAUACCACCCCUGGCACUCUGUGUCUGCCCAGCUUUUGGUACCUGUCAUUGUGGAGACCUUUGUAAUGAGAGCUGGUCAGCUACGUUGAAGUCCAUGGCGUUUCUGGCCUGCGCCCGAGGAGAGCUGUAGGCGGCUGAGGGUGACAUACUGCACACCCAAGAGGGCAGGCCCAGAAGGGGUGUCUUCCUUCUUUUCCUCAGAUCCUCCCCUCUGGGACAAACCAGGAAAUACAUCGUCUUUAAAUGAAAGAUUUGAAAUUAA